CUCCCAGCUGGGCAAUCUGCUUUACAAGACUGCUUGCUGGGCCUGGCAGGAAACGAAACUUAUCCUGUUACACUGUAUGCAGGGAGCCAUGGCUGCAGCAGGGAAUCCUUUCAAGAACCUCCGAGAUGAAGCUACUUGCUCCAUCUGUCUGAGUUUUUUCACGGAUCCAGUGAUUAUAGACUGUGGGCACAAUUUCUGCCGAGCCUGCAUCGCCCAGUGCUGGGAGGGAUCAGACACAGACAUCUCCUGUCCUCAGUGCAGAGAGACCUUUCCCCAGGGGACCCUGAGGCCGAACAGACAACUGGGGAACUUUGUAGAAAUAGCCAAGCAGCUGAGUGUCCCAGCAGCAGCAGCAGCAGGAGGAUAUUUGUGCAACGCGCACCAGGAGCCUUUCAAACUCUUCUGUAACCAGGACCAAGUUCUCAUCUGUGUGAUCUGCAGGGAGUCCCAGGCUCACCGCGCUCACAUGGUGGUCCCCAUAGAGGAGGCUGCCCGGGAGCACAAGGAACAAAUUCAAACCCGACUGAAGACCCUGAAGCAAGAGAGAGAAGAACUUCUGGAGUGGAAACAGGAUGGAGAGAUGCAAAGCCAGGAAUAUCUGGGAAAGAUAGAAUCUGAGAGGUGGAAGAUUGUGUCUGCAUUGGCGCAACUGCGGCAAUUCCUGGAGGAACAAGAGCGACUCCUGCUGGCCCGGCUGGAAGAGUUGUACAAGGAAAUAGUGAAGCUACAGGAUGAAAAUGUCACCAAACUGUCUAAGGAGAUUUCCCGUCUCAGUGACUUGAUCAGUGAGAUAGAAGAGAAAUGUCAGCAGCCAACAAGCCAAUUCCUGCAGGACAUCAAAAGCACCUGGAGCAGGUGUGAGAAGGUGAAGUUCGAGAAACCAGUGGCCGUGCCAGAGGACCUGAGAGAGAGAGUCGGCGUCUCUUCCCAAAGAAAUGUUUGUCUGCGGGAGGCUGUGAAGAAAUUCAAAGUGCAGGCCACUCCGGAUCCAGACCUGGAAAAUCCUUGUUCCAUCGUGUCCACCAAUAAGAGUGUGAUGCCCGAAUACACAGAAUGUUUUAAGAAAGCAAAGAGGUUUCACCCUGCUGCCUGUGUGCUGGGCUAUAAGGGCUUCACCUCAGGGAGUUGUUACUGGGAAGUGGAGGUGGGGAACAAAGAUGAGUGGGUUUUGGGCAUUGCCAAAGAGUCUGUGAUACGUGAGGGAGCGAUAAGCUGUACACCAGAGGAGGGGAUCUGGGCUUUGCAGAGUACAGGGAAUGAGUACUGGGCCCUCACCUCCCCUAAAACUGCUCUGGGCCUACAUCAGAGCCUCAGUAACAUUGGGGUUUACCUAGGUUAUGAAGGGGAGAAAGUUACAUUUUAUGACAUUACAUCUUCUGGCAGAGAGCCCAUCUUUACUUUCACAUCCUCUUUCACUGGGAAGAUCGUCCCCUUCUUUGGGAGCCGGUAUGUCAAAUAUCGUCUAAGUUCACUGACAGGCUUUUCAUUAAGUGGCAGGAAGCCCCCCACAAGCUGAAGGGCAGGAGAGGGAAGUAGCCCAGGGGAAGGAACUGUCAGUUCAAGUGGUUCACCACUAUCCUCAGGGCCCCUGGGCUGGGACCUGGAGUAGAGGGUGGGCCCAGGUCCCUCCCUCUCCACUCCCCUCUUCUAGGACACUAGUGAGGCAGUUAACAUUCCGCUGCAGGAGCAAGAAAUGGUUCCCUGAAAGCCUCCCCCCCCCAAAGAAGAGAAAGCGCAAGACCCAUCAAAAUAGUGCUGGCAAUUUGCCACAGUAAUAUACACAUUACAGCUGUCACACUUUGCUAUUCUAAUCACAGUCUUGCCAGCCUCCAGCAUUCACAAACUAUGUCAGGCCCCCCACAAUCAGGAGAUUGGCUUAAAUAUCUUUUUAAAUGUUGUGUUAUUUUUCUUUGCCUUUUGGCUUCCCAGCUUUCAGGGUGUUCUUAUUUCCAGUUUUCAGUCUUUGCUACACUAACAUGAAGGCUGGAAAUGUAUCUGUAAUAUACUCUGAGCUCCCUCAAAUCUAUCUACUCCAGCAGCUGGGACUGUAAGAAAAACACCAAGUGCUGCGAGACUCGCAAUAAAAUGGUGAGGGGAACAAGACUGAGUUGCUCAGCAUUAUGCUGCUGAAUGGAGUUUCUCGACCCUCUUCCAUGCCUGUCUCUGUAACUCUGGGAUCCUCCAGACACACAUGAACUGGCCAACCAGCAGACACCAGGAGCCACACUCAGGGUCACCGCAGCAUCUGCCUGUCUUAGGGCAGGUCUACACUUAAAAUACUGCACCGGCGGUGCUACGUCCCUGUAAUGCUUAAGUAAAGACACUCCUACGCCAACAGGAGAGCUUCUCCCAUCAGUGUAGUUAAUCCACCUCUCUGAGAGGCGGUAGCUAUGGCAAGGGGA